AGUUAUAGGAGACGAGAUGGGCACGCAUCUCCAUGGAUAACGACGCCUUCCAACGUCUCUAUAUCUCUUCUACCUAAUUCCUUCAUCUGCUUCCUCCUCUCCCAUGGCUCCUCUUUCCUCCGAUUCCAUCAACCCCCGAGAUGUUUGUAUUGUGGGUGUUGCUCGUACGCCAAUGGGUGCCUUUCUUGGUUCACUUUCAUCUUUCUCUGCUACCCAACUCGGUUCUAUAGCGAUUCAAUGUGCCCUUAAGAGGGCAAAUGUUGAUCCUUCUCUUGUUCAAGAGGUAUUCUUCGGAAAUGUUCUCAGUGCAAAUUUAGGGCAAGCUCCUGCUAGGCAGGCUGCCUUAGGUGCUGGUAUACCAAACUCUGUUAUCUGCACCACUAUUAAUAAAGUCUGUGCAUCCGGCAUGAAAGCAACAAUGAUUGCAGCGCACACGAUUCAGUUAGGUAUAAAUGAUGUUGUUGUUUCUGGUGGUAUGGAAAGUAUGUCUAAUGUGCCCAAAUAUCUCCAACUAAGAAAAGGGUCUCGAUUUGGAAAUGAUACUGUUGUAGAUGGUAUGCUAAAAGAUGGUCUUUGGGAUGUUUACAACGACUUUGCGAUGGGUGUUUGUGCUGAGAUGUGUGCCAGCCAGCACUCCAUUACAAGAGAAGAGCAGGAUGCAUAUGCUAUUAAGAGCUUUGAGCGAGGGCUUGCAGCACAAAAUAAUGGUCAAUUAUCCUGGGAAAUAGCUCCGGUCAAGGUUCCUUCCGGAAGAGGGAAGCCAUCUUCAAUUUUUGACAAGGACGAAAGCUUGAGACAGUUUGAUGCUGCAAAACUAAGGAAGCUCAGGCCAAGUUUUAAGGAGGAUGGCGGUACUGUUACUGCUGGCAAUGCUUCUAUCAUAAGUGAUGGUGCUGCUGCUUUAGUGCUGGUGAGUGGGAAGAAGGCGAUCGAACUCGGUUUAGAAAUAAUUGCCGUAAUUAAAGGAUACGCUGAUGCAGCUCAGGCGCCUGAAUUAUUUACAACGGCUCCAGCCCUUGCUAUUCCAAAAGCUGUCUCAAAUGCUGGUUUACAUGCUUCUCAAAUUGAUUAUUAUGAAAUAAAUGAAGCAUUUUCCGUUGUGGCUCUUGCUAAUCAGAAGCUGCUUGGUCUUGAUCCUGACAGAGUUAAUGUUCAUGGGGGAGCUGUAUCUUUGGGACACCCAUUGGGAUGCAGCGGAGCUCGGAUUUUGGUCACAUUGUUAGGGGUACUAAGACAGAGAAAUGGAAAGUAUGGGGUUGGUGCUGUGUGCAAUGGUGGUGGAGGAGCAUCCGCUCUUGUAGUUGAACUCAUGCCUGGCGCCAGAGUUCGACACUCCAAGCUGUGAUCCAAAUUGGCCCUCUCAAAAGACAUAUGGCUGUUCAGUAUCUCUCCCCUUCUACACUUAAAGAAAGAGGUCAAGUUAUUCACUGUAUCAUAUUUAAUACACCAAAAUGCUCUCUUUUUACUACAUUGCCUCAAUUUGAGUGAUAGGAAGAAUUUGGGUCUGCUAUGUUUGUCAACUUCUCGGCCAUUUACACAAUAAAAAGAUGGGUCAGCCAUAGAUAUGUAGGUUUAGUUCAUGGGAUAAUGGACUUGGUAUGUAGGUUUAUUAUGGGUCAGACAUAAUAAUCAAACCAAAGUAUAUCCAUGCCCUCCUUCAAGCAAUGUCGGGAUACUUAGUAUUAGAAUUCUUAAGGUGUUCUCGCUACAAAAAAUAAUGGAUAUGAUAGCGUAUGAAAAAAUGUUAUCGUAGACAAUAUAGUGUUCUUCGUAUGUUGUGACA